CCUGAAGCCAAGAAUUCAACAAGCAUAGAAGCAGAAAAUGGCACUUAGCAAAGACCGUGGCAUUACAAUGAAUGAUGGGAACAAAAUCCCCAUACUGGGGUUUGGAACCGCUUCCCCAGAAACUGUUCCAAAAAGUAAGUGUGAGGAGGCUACAAAGACAGCAAUAGAAUUCGGCUUCCGUCAUAUUGAUAGCGCAUAUCUAUACCAGAAUGAGGAGGAAGUUGGGCGGGCCAUUCGUGCAAAGAUUUCAGAUGGAACAGUAAAAAGGGAAGACAUUUUCUACACUGGAAAACUCUGGAGUACCUUCCACCGCCCUGAGCUGGUUCGGAAAUGCUUAGAAGAAUCGCUGAAGAAACUCCAGUUUGACUACAUGGAUCUGUUCAUAAUUCACAAUCCGUAUUCUCUGAAGCCUGGACCAGAUUUAUUUCCCAUGGGAGAAGACAAAAAAUUGAUUUUUGACAACGUAGAUCUUUGGCAGACAUGGGAGGCAAUGGAGGCGUGCAAAGAUGCCGGCUUGGUGAGGUCCAUCGGAGUGUCCAACUUUACCCGUAAGCAGCUGGAAAUGAUCCUGAACAAGCCAGGAUUGAAACACAAGCCAGUGAUAAACCAGGUUGAAUGUCAUCCUUAUCGGAACCAAAGCAAGAUACUGGCCUUCUGCAAGUCAAACAAUAUCGUCCUGGAAGGAUACAGUGUCCUGGGGUUCCAAAGGGACUCAAAUUGGUUAAAUCCAGACACUCCUCCCCUGCUUGAAGAUCCUUUGUUGGUUGCGAUCGCCAAGAAGUACAACAAAAGCCCAGCUCUCGUGGCUAUUCGCUACCAACUGCAGCGCGGCCUGGUGGUCCUAGUGAAGACCUACACCAGAAAGCGAAUUGAGGAAAAUACCCAGGCAUUUACUUUCCAGCUGUCUGAGGAGGAUAUGAAAUCCAUUGAUAGCCUUCACAAAGGCAUGAGCUUCAUAAAAAUGGAUACUUACUUUGGUGGUCACCCACAGUAUUACCCACCAGAUGUGGAAUAGGGACUCGUCUCCCAUCUCCAAUUCUUAGAACCGCCAUAGUUCCAUUGCACUCACAGUAUCAAAAAUAUGUUUCAGCAGGAGUUACAUCUACUCUAACUCAGCUUUGCGAAUGAUUCCUCAGAUAAAAUACAAAACCUUGUAUAUCUCUGGAUAGAAAUGUAUUGAUUAUAGAACUAAACUAACAAUAUAAUCAUACAAAAAGUAUACAUAGAUAUUUCCUCAGAGGCAAAGUCUAUAUAUGCUUUCAAA